AUGACCCGCGGCGUCCCGCACAGUCCGUCGCACGUCAUGCCUCGAGACCGUACACCCUCUCUGGGCGUGUUCACCCUCGGCGGCAUCAUCGCCCUCGCGUCUCAGCGCGCUCUGAACGUCCUACGCGGAGCGAAAUCGUCCAAGAGAACGAACGAAUCAUCAUCCACGACCAAAAAGGCGUCUCGACACAAAUCGAUCGUUCGUCGACUCUACCGCGAGGUGUGGAACGCUCACGACGUUCGCACCGCGGAUACGGCGGCGAAACAGUACGUGAGCGAUGAACACGUCCUGAUCGACCCGUCGAACCCGAACCCGGAACCGGGGGUGGAGGCGUACAUGCAACACGUCCGCGGAAACCGCGAGGCGCUGCCGGAUUACGUGAUCGCGAUCGAUGCGUUGAUCGAAGAGGGCGACGUGGUCGUGGCGCAGUUGAGUUUCAGUGCGAGUUUGAAUGGAAGACAGGCGCGAUGGACCGGGACGUGCGUGAUGGAGUUCGAGGACGAUUUGAUAAUCAAAUCGUGGGUGAACACGGAUGCGAUGAGCGCGCUGAUUCAAUUGGGAUUGAUGGCGGAUUUGGUGCACACGGGGCCGGAUAAAUCGAGACCGGUGACGCACGCGCUGAUGGGAAGAGACGAGCCGCACCCGGAGACCGUGUUGACCGGGAAGGAGUGGUUGCUGUACUUUGAGGAGGUGCACGAGAGUUGGGAGCGUCGAUCGAUGGAUAGCGAGCAGGCGGCGGCGCUCAGGACGGAUCACAAGACCGGGCUUGCGAUGGCGGUGUAG